AUGGACAUAUUCACACCAAACUCUCUCUCGUUGCCCCUGCCUGCCCUGGAGAUAGACAUGCAGCUCCCGCAGCAAAAACCCAUCCUAGAUAAUCCUCGCCAGCCAAGCAGGGUGGUUUUAUGUUUCAUCUUCCAAUCCCUUAAUGUCGAGCAAGAAACCAUCAAAUCCCCAAGACUCAAUGGCGCCCUGCCCCGGAGAAAAGAUAGAAUUGCGAUGCAAUGUCACCGCUUAGCGCCUAUCUUUGGAAUGAUCGAAGACACCGAGUCCGACCCUUUGAAAGUCGCCUGGAGAACAAUCAAAGAGCAGACUGCACUACCACAAUCAUCACUGACCGUCUUCCGACAUGGGAAGAAUUUCAUUUCUGAAGACCUGUCUCUAGGACAAAAAUGUGUUUUUUAUCCGUUCGCAUUCCGCCUUGAAUCCCAACCGGAUGCCGGUUUAAAUGAUGGCAUACACGGUAGUUGCAAGAGCAGUGGAUGGAAAUGGUACGACCCAAAGACUGUGGAGUGGGUAAAGGAAUUUGGCGGCAUCCCUUACCUCCAAGAAGGACUACGAAAGGUCUGGUUUGAGAUUGAUCUCGGCCCGAUCUCUGGGAGGAUAUUGGCAGGUGGAUUGAGACAGCUCCAGCACGACCAUGAGAGCGGGGCUAGGAAAAUGGCCGGUGUCUCGUUGAGUGUGCUCCAGGGUGUCUUGGAGAACCUUGAUGAUCCUAUUUCACUAGAUGGCCCAUGGUGGCAAAAGGCUCGCCUUGCAGCCUGGCAUCUUUGGAAAAACGGUCGUCAGAGCAUGGAUGCUGCGAUCCUUAGUUUCUUGCUACUAGCGCUGGCCGAAAUUGAGACAUAUCUAUCCACCACAAGCCCUGAUGGGGCAUCCAAGAGCUUGCGCAAAGCCUUCGACACCGUACAGAAAACAAUGCGAUCAUUCACCAAUCGCAUUAGCAGCAACCUCGCACUGCACGUGAGGUCUAAAAUCAGGAAAUCGGGACAGUCGCCCAAGAUCUUUAGGAUAAUGACACUAUCUGCGAGCUCUACUGUCCGGGAGUGCGUUGUGCAGGCCGCUUUAGCUUCCGGUGCUCCGUUCGUUGAGAUCCGUGUUCUCGAGUCGCGCCCCUUGUUUGAAGGAGUUUCGAUGGCGUCUUCGAUUCUGUCGUGCUUAAAAUCCAAGCCUGAUAUUCCCAAAGUUCGCGUGACAAUAUUCACCGACGCUUCGGUAGCAAUGGCAGCUAAAGAUGUGGAUAUGCUUGUGCUUGCCGCGGAUCGCAUUGCAGCCGAUGGGUCUGUCAGCAACAAGACGGGCUCUUUACCCGCAGCUCUGAGCACUCGGCAUAUGUCCUCGUCAGGCGAGGUCGUUGUUGUGAGUGAAAAACAUAAAGUUGCCAUGCAGACUUGUGACGGAGAGGCGCAUAUCGUUGAGAAUAACGACUCUUCGGAGGUUAUGGAGGCCUGGGAACAGAAUGAAACAGUGAAGGGGCUAGAAACCGUUCAGGACAGCCUUGAUAUGGAUGGGUCAGUUUGCACAAUUCAACAACCGACUGUAGACAUACAGAAUGUUUAUUUCGAAUGGGUGCCUCCAACGCUGAUUGACGCCUACAUCUGCGAAGAUGGGGUCAAAGUUCCAUCAGAUUUCCAGAAACAGUCGCUGUGGGUAAAGGAACAAUGCGAGAGAUACUUCGAGAGCGACUUAUAG